CCGAGGGCGCUGUAAUAUGUAUUACGUUGCCCCUUGCGUGCGUGCGCUGUGGCAGUGGCCUCCUAAAGUUCACCCAGCAGCCGGCAGCCACAUCGCUCCAUCGCCCUGAGUGCUGCGCGCCGUUUCAGCUGCGGCCCUUUCUCUUCCACGACGCUCCUUGACCAUUAAAACUGCAGAGGUGCUUCCUUGAGAAUACUCUGUCGGCGUUGCUCCAUUAAAUCUGUAAUUGGCAUCUUCCACCCACGACCCGCCGCCGCCACCACCGUCCAUCGCCAUCUGCCCACCAUGAGGCUGCGACACACGCUCGUCCUGCUGCCGGCGCUGCAGGUGCUCGCCCGCGCAACCGCCGACGUCGACGACACCCGCCUCGCCCGGGCUGCUGCGCCCGCCUACUCCAAUGCCAUGCCCGACCCGUCGCCGGCUGCCACGCCGGGCCUGUCCAAGGGCACCAAGGAUGCGCCCGUCGACGGCUUCGACGGCAAGCCGCACGCCGGGCCGUACAUCGACGACACGCCCACGUCACAUGACAAGGCGCCGGCAGUCGUCGAGGACCUGGGCACCGGCAAGAAGACGCGGCCGGGCGACAAGGACGCGACGCUGGUCGGCGCCGACAAGGAGGUGCUGGACGGCGACAAGAGCGUCAUGCAGGACCCGGACCGCAAGCUGGCGACGGGCAAGACGGGCGUCGAGGGCGGCGUCUCGGCCAAGGACAAGGAGCGCCUGGCCCACGAGGACAAGACGGGCGCGAAGAAGGAGCAGGUGCCGACCGCCCCCAAGGAGGCCCCCCCGCUGCCGCACGGCGAGCAGUCGCACAUGAAGGACGCCGGCGCCGAGCCCACGCCCUCGCGCCUCGCCGGCGCCGUCGGCCUCGAGAAGCCCACCGACCUGCCCAGCACGCCGCACGACGACCAGCCCAACCCCGUGCCCGACUCGCUCUCCAAGGCCGACCCGCUCGACACGACCCACAAGCCGCCGCACUCGGCCAUCCCGGGCUCGCUGUCCGACGACGAGGCCAGCGGCGUCAUCCAGCCCUUCCACUCCUUCGUGCUCUCCUUCACCAUGAUCCUCUUCUCCGAGAUCGGCGACAAGACCUUCCUGGUCGCCGCCCUGAUGGCCAUGCGCCACCCCCGCCUCGUCGUCUUCUCCGCCGCCUUCUCCGCCCUCGCCGUCAUGACGGUGCUGUCCGCCGUGCUCGGCCACGCCGUGCCGGCCUUCCUCUCCGAGCGCUUCACCCACCUGGCCGCUGCCGUGCUGUUCCUGGUUUUUGGCGUCAAGCUGCUGCGCGAGGGCCUGGCCAUGAGCCCCGACGACGGCGUCGGCGAGGAAAUGCGCGAGGUCGAGGAGGAGCUCGAGGAGAAGGAGCAGCUGGCCCGCUCCAAGGGCCGCCGCCGCGCCUCCAUCUCGCCCUACGCCCUCGAGUCCGGCCGCGUCCGCCGCUCGCGCUCCAACUCGCGCCUGCCCGCCCCCGCCCGCAGCCCCUCCACCUCGCCCGACCGCUCGCCCGCCCGCGGCUCCUCGUUCGCCGGCGCCCUGAGCGGCAUCAACAACCUCUUCUCCCUCCUGCUCAGCCCCGCCUGGGUCCAGACUUUCGUCAUGACCUUCCUCGGCGAGUGGGGCGACCGCAGCCAGAUCGCCACCGUCGCCAUGGCCGCCGGCUCGGACUACUGGUGGGUGACGGCGGGCGCGACGGUCGGCCACGCGCUGUGCACCGCCGGCGCCGUCAUCGGCGGCCGCGCCAUCGCCGGCAAGAUCAGCAUGCGCAAUGUCACGCUCGGCGGCGCCAUCGCGUUCCUGGUCUUCGGCGUCAUCUACGCCUUCGAGACGUACUACCACGAGUAAAAAAACACCCUCACGUUUGCAUUGCCCGGCGCUUGGAUUGCAUCUUCUUUGGUCUGCUGUAAUACGACCGCCACGUUUGGCGAACCUUCCUGUAUCACUAUUGUAGCCCCCCCUGGCUCUGUUUAGAUGGUUGUGUGGCCGCCAAAAAACCGCGCAGAGAAAUCGAAAGUUGACUCGUCUGCCACAUGCU